UAGAUAGUAUUUUAUAUAUAAUGGACUGCCUGCACUUUACUACUUUAAUUUGUUCCCUGUCGUGUAAAAGUCGUUGUUUCAUAAGCAAAGAUCAUUAACCCAGCGAAAAUAAUAAUUGUUUAAAAAAAAAAUUUAUAUUCAAUUUCAUAAGAGAAUUUUUGAAAAAUGAAGCUCGCACAAUUAAAGUGUCAUUUACAACUGCUAUUUUGUUCAGUUUCAAUAAGUUUUGCUGAGAUUUUAAUUGGUGGUUCAUAUGUAUACUCGUCUACACUUUUAACACAACUUCGCGAACCUUCGUCAAAUAUAAAAUUAAAUAUUGAACAAGAAUCUUGGAUUACUAGUAUUUCAAUGCUUCUAACACCUGUUGGUUUAAUCAUUACUGGAAUAUUAGCGGAUAGGAUUGGAAGAAAAAAAGCGCUUCAAAUAUCUUUCAUACCGAUGAUUUUAAGUUGGUUAACACUUACGUUUGCUAACUCCUACACAACGAUUAUGAUUGGAAAAAUCUUACUAGGAUAUCCUUUUGGCGCGAGCAGUUGCAUGUGCUUGUACUUCGCCGAAGUGUUUCCGGCGCACUUGCGGGCGCUGCACGCCGCCGGUCCCACGCUGUUCGUGGGCGUAGGCAUGAUGCUGGAGUGUGUCCUGUCCAUGUACUUCCGGUGGCAGACAAUAGCAGGCGUGCUGAGCGGAUUGAGCGUCUGCGGCUUCGUCGUGUUGUUCUGGGUGCCGGAACCAUCCAAGUGGCUCCGGUCCAAAGGACGGGACGCCGAAGCUGACAAAGUGGACGAGUGGUUUGAUCUUGAACGCGUUGACCCGGGGUGCGCCAAGUCGGGGGGCGUAAAUCCCUCCAUCGAGGGUGGAAAUCUCUCCAGCCACGCGUCUUGUUGGUCGUUGUACGCUCAGCCGACCGUCUGGAAGCCCACGCUCAUCACGCUGACGUUCUUCGUCUGCCAGCACUGCAGCGGCGUGUACGUGCUGAUGUUCUACACGGCUGACGUGCUCCGGGAUUUCCGAUUGCCAUGGGACAGCGUCACCAUAGCCGUGUUCAUUGCUGCCGCACGCGUGCUAGGCGGCCUCAGCUUCGGCAUGCUGCACCAUAUCAAGCGCCGCACGCUGCUUGUAGUCUCCGGCGCCUUGAUGGCAGCGUCACUAGCGUUCAUCAUCGCGUACAUCACAGCGUUCCGAAACGUCGAACACCCGCCGUACGCCGGCACACUUGUCAUCGCGUUCGUCGCUUUCAUGUUCUUCGGUCUACUGGGCAUCGUUCCACUGCCUUGGAUACUCAGCGGCGAGGUGUUCCCAAUAGCAAUUUCGGGUGCCAUGAACGGAUAUGUACAGACGUUUGGAUACAUCUUAUGGUUUUUGGUUGUCAAAAUGUAUCCAUCGUUGGUGUUACAAUUUGGAAUAAUAUGUGUUUGGUCGAUAUUCACCAUAUUCUGCGGUUUGAACAUUUUAUUCGCCAUAUUUGUAAUGCCAGAGACAAAAGGAAAAUCUUUAGACGAAAUCUUAUCGUAUUUUGAACCGGAAAAGAAAACAAAAAAGCUCAACUACGUGCCGUAAUAAUAUUUUAUUGUUCGGUCAUUAAUAUUAUUAUAAUAAUGUCUAUACACUAAA